AUGGCGCCAGAGACAUGUGUAAAAGUCAACAAGCUCUGUAUUCGAAGCCACGAGUCAGCUGUGUUAAAUUUUCUAAAAGCACAGAUUGGUUUCAAGAAAGGUGAUUGCGGUUGGCAACUCACUCAGACAGAUGCUGGAACUCGCUUUCUUGGCUUGGCUGCUGCAUUGCUAAGUGUCGACUACUGGGUUGCCUCUGAAGCCCUGAACCGUCUCCUCCGAGAGACAGCUGAAGAUCUGAGACUUGUUCCUACGUCUUAUCAGCUCAAGGUUCUCUUGAAAAGUUUGGAAUACAAACUGAGCCAAUCUGGUUUUGUUGAAAAGAUUUUGGGAUGGAGCUCAAAUAUAAGCCUAGUAAUUGAUGUGGCACCUUCUUUUACUUCAGCAUCUCCAUCUCAAGAGCUUCUUGUGGAGCUUGUGAAGGCACUUUCAGACAUUUCUCGUGUGGGCCAAGCAAAAGGCUUACAAAUCAAGGCGCCUGUUGAUCAAGCUGCGUGGAUCAUCGCUUUCAUAGAAUGGUCUAUUGGAUUAGCGCCUUCGGUAAUCAUUGAAAAUGAUACCUGCAUUCAUAUUGAACCGAUGUCAGUUAUCACUAUACGUUUGCUUUUGAGUUCCAGCCUUGUACAACAAGCUGGAUUUGAGAUCACCACAUUGGAAGAUAUUAAGAGCAUUCGUGUUCUUACGAAAGAUCUCCCCGGAUCACAUGAAACCGUCAGGGGCAUGGUACCCAUGCGCGUCUUCGCAGAAAGACUCACGCUUGAUCUUUUCGGCCAUAGGAAAACUCUUUCCUUCCGCGCAUUUAGUGAGGCCCUGCCUUAUGGAUGUGCCUUGGUACUCAAUUUUCUCCAGGUUUGUGAGCGCUGGGACCAUGUGGAUGGAAAGCAAAAAUCGGACCCUGGCUUCAGCAAUUGCACGGCCACAUGGGGCAGUGCUUUUCCUUCUGAUAGGACGGUUGCAUCUACUAUUGUGGCUUUCCUUGGAACAGAAUCUCCUAUCCAAUUACCGAAACAAUUGGAUGGAUUCCUUAUCGAGAAUCUUCGGCUUGUGGCAGCAUUCAAAGAUGUCCAAUGUCAGGACUGUGAAUGUGUCAAAUGCAGCCAUAUUCCUUCAGCUCAAACUCUGUGCAAAUUUGAUGAAUUCAUUGACAAAAUUGCCAUAUGUACCCUUGUGGUUUUGUUGCUGUCUCUUUUAGAGAGCUCAGACCCCGAAGGACCCUGGCUGUAUUUUGGCGGGUAUCGCUGGUUUGGGAGUUUAUUAUCGGGCAUUCCUUGGGGAGGCUUUGACGCACAAGAAUUCAUCGACCCGAUUAGGAAAAUCCUACGAGGGGAUACGAAGGUGGGCUAUAGCCGACCGACACUGCUUCAAGCGUUAUUCCAGCUACUUGGUCACGAGCUUUAUGAUCUAGAAGAUAUCUGGCUCAUGUCUUCUUUUCGUGGGCAAGCAGUUUACCCUCGGCUGUUCGGAACUAUGAGCAUUGAAGGAAAAGGCAUUCUGUCUAUGACGUGUGUUCCUGGAGCAUUAAUGUGGGAGGGUGAGCUAUAUGAUUAUGCGCGAGGCCCGAAACACAGGAUGGAGGAAGCUCCACUUUUUACCGCAAGGUCGGAUAGACGAGGGUCAGAGACCACCAACUGCGAGAUCAAUGCCCCUGUCGAUAUUUAUUCUGAUUAUAAGAUAUCUUGGCAAGUCUCCAAGGGAGACAAGUAUCUAACAGUCGGUAUAUGGUGUCCUAGUAUACCCGAAGUGUCCCAAAGAUGCCCCUCUGCCUCAAUUAUUGGUGCUUUAGGGUCCUUGUUCGUCAACUGCAUACAUGAUCACAGCUCGAAAGUGAUAAGGACCACUUCUGAUCUGCGCAUAACUACCCCUAAGCAACCGGUUCCCUACUCUGAGUCAGAAAAGCUCAUUGGUGUGGUCCCAUGUGCGCAGAAUAGCGCUAUUCGCUUUUUCACACUGGGAGCUGGUAAAAAUGGAGUUAUACGCGGGGAUGCCUGUCUUGAUUGCUGUAUUCAGUGUUGUGCAAUUGCUGGACUGGACUUCGUACUUUGUUAG